GCGGGCCGGUGGCCAUGGAGGCGGCGGAGCUCGAUGGGUGACCGUUGGCUGCGGGGCGGGGGUCGCGGCCGGGGCUGCUCGCUCUGACCCCAGCGGGGCGCGCGGGCGGCAGACGCUCGGCCUGGGCUCGCGGGGAGCCCCAGCUCGGCUCCGCCAUGCGGGCAGGGGGCAGCGAGCCCGACGGCGUCCUCAGCUAUCAGAGACCAGAUGAAGAAGCUGUGGUGGAUCAGGGUGGGACCAGUACAAUUCUCAACAUUCACUAUGAGAAAGAAGAGUUGGAAGGUCAUAGAACUCUGUACGUGGGGGUUCGGAUGCCACUGGGCCGACAGAGCCAUCGGCACCACCGAACCCAUGGUCAGAAGCACAGGAGACGAGGUCGGGGCAAAGGAGCCAGCCAGGGGGAGGAGGGCCCUGAAGCCCUGGCCCACGACACACCAUCUCAGCGUGUUCAGUUCAUUCUUGGCACCGAGGAGGAUGAAGAGCAUGUGCCGCAUGAGCUGUUCACAGAGCUGGAUGAGAUCUGUAUGAAAGAGGGAGAAGAUGCUGAGUGGAAGGAGACAGCUAGGUGGCUGAAGUUUGAAGAAGAUGUUGAGGAUGGGGGAGAACGCUGGAGCAAGCCUUAUGUGGCAACCCUGUCAUUGCACAGUCUCUUUGAGUUAAGGAGCUGCCUUAUUAAUGGAACAGUCCUUCUGGAUAUGCGUGCAAAUAGCAUAGAAGAAAUUUCAGACUUGAUCCUGGACCAGCAAGAACUGUUCAGUGACCUGAAUGACAGCAUGAGGGUUAAAGUGCGGGAAGCCCUUCUCAAAAAGCAUCAUCAUCAAAAUGAGAAGAAGAGAAAUAACCUCAUUCCGAUUGUUCGCUCCUUUGCAGAAGUUGGUAAGAAGCAGUCUGAUCCACAUUCGAUGGAUAAAAAUGGCCAAACUGUGUCUCCUCAGUCUGUUCCUCCUGCAAAUCUUGAAGUAAAAAAUGGGAUGAAUUGUGAACACAGCCCUGUGGAUUUAAGCAAGGUGGACCUUCAUUUCAUGAAAAAAAUUCCCACUGGGGCAGAGGCCUCAAACGUCCUGGUUGGAGAGGUGGAUACUCUUGACCGCCCCAUUGUUGCCUUUGUGAGGUUGUCACCAGCCGUUCUUCUCUCAGGCCUGACAGAAGUUCCCAUCCCAACUAGAUUUUUGUUUAUCCUAUUGGGCCCAGUAGGGAAAGGUCAGCAGUACCAUGAGAUUGGCAGAUCCAUGGCCACCAUCAUGACCGAUGAAAUUUUUCAUGAUGUGGCAUACAAGGCAAAAGAACGAGAUGAUCUCCUGGCGGGGAUUGAUGAGUUCCUAGACCAAGUGACAGUGCUCCCUCCAGGAGAGUGGGACCCCUCCAUUAGAAUUGAACCACCCAAAAAUGUCCCUUCCCAGGAAAAAAGGAAAAUGCCUGGAGUUCCAAAUGGAAAUGUUUGCCACAUAGAACCAGAACCACAUGGGGGUCACAGCGGUCCAGAACUUCAGCGCACGGGGCGGCUGUUUGGGGGCUUGGUGCUGGACAUCAAGCGGAAGGCCCCUUGGUACUGGAGCGACUACCGGGAUGCACUCAGCUUGCAGUGUUUGGCCUCCUUUCUGUUCCUGUACUGUGCCUGCAUGUCACCUGUCAUCACCUUUGGGGGAUUGCUCGGAGAAGCCACUGAGGGACGAAUAAGUGCGAUCGAAUCUUUGUUUGGUGCCUCCAUGACCGGGAUUGCUUAUUCCUUAUUUGCGGGACAAGCGCUUACCAUCCUGGGAAGUACUGGGCCGGUGCUCGUGUUUGAAAAGAUUUUGUUCAAAUUCUGCAAAGACUACGCCCUUUCAUACCUCUCGCUGCGAGCUUGUAUCGGACUGUGGACUGCCUUCCUCUGUAUUGUCCUUGUGGCAACUGAUGCCAGUUCCCUUGUCUGCUACAUUACCCGCUUCACUGAAGAAGCGUUUGCCUCACUGAUUUGCAUUAUUUUCAUCUAUGAAGCAAUAGAAAAGCUGAUUCACCUGGCAGAUACCUACCCUAUCCACAUGCACAGUCAGCUGGACCACCUUAGCCUGUAUUACUGCAGGUGUACUCUUCCAGAGCAUCCAAACAAUCACACCCUGCAGUACUGGAAGGACCACAGUAUUGUGACCACAGAAGUCCACUGGGCUAACCUGACUGUUAGUGAAUGCCAAGAGAUGCAUGGAGAAUUCAUGGGAUCUGCGUGUGGUCAUCAUGGACCUUAUACUCCUGAUGUACUCUUUUGGUCCUGUAUUCUCUUCUUCACCACCUUCAUUCUCUCAAGUACCUUAAAGACAUUUAAGACAAGCCGCUAUUUCCCAACCAGAGUACGCUCCAUGGUGAGUGACUUUGCUGUUUUCCUCACUAUCUUCACAAUGGUGAUUAUUGAUUUUUUUAUUGGCGUCCCAUCACCAAAGCUUCAAGUUCCCAGUGUGUUCAAGCCAACACGGGAUGAUCGAGGGUGGAUUAUUAGUCCCAUUGGCCCCAACCCCUGGUGGACUGUGAUAGCAGCAAUCAUCCCAGCUCUUCUUUGUACUAUCUUAAUAUUCAUGGACCAGCAGAUCACAGCUGUCAUCAUUAAUAGGAAGGAACACAAGCUCAAGAAAGGUUGUGGCUACCACCUGGACCUGUUGAUGGUAGCCAUCAUGCUGGGUGUCUGCUCCAUCAUGGGCCUGCCCUGGUUUGUGGCUGCAACUGUCCUGUCCAUCACACAUGUGAACAGCCUCAAGCUGGAAUCUGAGUGCUCUGCUCCUGGAGAACAGCCCAAGUUCUUGGGUAUUCGAGAGCAGAGAGUAACAGGUCUUAUGAUCUUUGUGCUGAUGGGCUGCUCAGUCUUCAUGACCACUAUACUAAAGUUUAUCCCAAUGCCAGUGCUCUAUGGAGUUUUCCUCUACAUGGGAGUCUCUUCACUGCAGGGAAUUCAGUUCUUUGAUCGGCUGAAGCUCUUUGGGAUGCCUGCAAAACACCAGCCAGACUUUAUCUACCUUCGGCACGUGCCGCUGCGCAAAGUGCAUCUCUUCACCCUCAUCCAGCUAACCUGCCUUGUCCUGCUCUGGGUCAUCAAGGCAUCUCCAGCUGCCAUUGUCUUUCCAAUGAUGGUUUUGGCCUUGGUCUUUGUCAGGAAAGUCAUGGAUCUCUGUUUCUCUAAGCGAGAACUGAGCUGGUUGGAUGAUCUCAUGCCUGAAAGCAAAAAGAAGAAGUUGGAUGAUGCAAAAAAGAAGGCCAAGGAGGAAGAGGAGGCCGAGAAAAUGUUAGAAAUGGGGGGAGACAAGUUCCCUUUAGAGAACAGGAAGUUACUAAGUAGUCCCGGAAAGAACAACAGUUUCAGGUGUGACCCCUCUGAGAUCAAUAUAUCUGAUGAAAUGCCUAAAACCACGGUCUGGAAAACUCUCAGUAUGAAUUCUGGAAAUACAAAGGAAAAAAGGUUAAUGAAGAAAAUGGAAGAACUUGAAGCAUCUUUGCCUACGUUGAGUCUCUUCAACUAAAAGUCUUCGCUUGGGAUGGAAGAUUUGGGCCAUGAGGUGCCUCAGGGAAGUUCUGCUUACAGAGAAGAUGGUGAGUCGCUCAGAGAAGAAGCGAGACCUAUCUGGCCCUGUCCUUGGUCAUAUCAAAGCCAUGCUGAAGCAUCCAGUUAUUUAUGGUUUGUGCGGGUGGGCAUCCAGCUACCCCCACGCCAGCAACCCGUCACCAGAUGUGAGUGUGGAAGAAGACCACCCUCUGUUGGUACUUCUCUUCCUUCUCGUUCUCUUCAGAACUACAUCUUUGAAGACCCUGCUUCCCAUUUUCCAGUCAUUUUUCUGAAACAUUCUGCUGGCGUCCUGAGCCAUCUGGAGCCAUUCUGCCACUGAGAAUUCCUUCAACGGAGUCCCUCUUCCUAAAGGAUGGGGUUGGGGGGAGGUAGGAAGAUAGCAGAAAGAAAAGGGAUAGCUCCCCAGUCGGAUAGAAUCUGCAGACUCCUAGGUAGCCUUGGUUUGACUGCCUCCUCUGGUGGUUGCUGCUCAGAUUCAGAGGCUGCCGGGAGGGUCUGCUGCGAGGAGGGGCAAUGUGGGCAUUGGCAGUGCCCACCUCUGCAGUUGGGAAGGCACCUUUGACUCUGGUGCGCCUUCAUUGCUCACUGGAGCCGUCUGUAUAGCUCAGUGAGAACCGGGAUGAUGACGGGGCCAAGGAGGACAUUGGAGUUGUUUAGGCUUGGAUGGGAAAAGGCUCAGGGGAAAAUCAGUAAAAUUGAAAGUGAAUAGCUUCUCUUAGUUUCAAGAGGAGAGAUUACUAGAAUGAACUUAAAUUAGUACAGAGGGAACGAGUUUAGGUGCCAGAAAGGAGUUCCUAAAUGAAAUAUUUGUCAUAGUGUCUGCUUUCUGGAUAUCUGGGAAAGAUUUGAUACUCGUUGUUUGUGGGUAGAAAGUGAGAUAUAAGGUGUUUUUAUUGGCCAUGUUGUGGAAACAUCCAUGUCUUGCUGCUGUCUCUUGAUACAUUCUGAUUCCAUUCCUGGAGAGAUCUAAGUGCUUACGUCACGUCUCCUUAGUUGCCUUAGUAGUGACCAUUGUCAAUUCAAUGGACCAAAACCGCCCUCAGCCAUGUGGUUUCUUCAGCACCAUGAAUUUCUUUUAGUCAGUAAUGUUCUGACUUUCAGAUGUAAAAAGCCACGCUGGAAAAUGAACAGUGAGUGGUAAGAUUUAUUUUGACAUUUAGUUUAAAACUUUAUAGUUUUCUCUGUUGAAGUGAUUUUCAAGGAUUUGGGUUCUAUAGACUUUCCUUCCCUGUGUGCACAGAAUGUGAAGAGAAAGCAUAUCAGUAACCAGGGAAUCCGACCAUAUUCAUUUUCCACCCUGAAAAAUCAUUGGACAGAGGGACAUCUCCCCAGUGUGCUUUCCUCUCAUAGGUGAUGAUUGGACUAUAUCACUUUGUGGAAUCUUACAUUCCUUGGACUCUUCAAAUGUAGUAGUUUUCUAGUCUUAAAGACCUUUGACAUUGGAAGUAUCCUGCAUUUAUUUUAUAUUUCACUGUCUCCUGGAGCCACAAUUGUUUUACACAGCUGAUUUUAAAAAUUCUUAACAACCGGUACAGGAGGGCACCAACCGCUCAGAAUGGAUACCUGCUGUAAACAGCAGUAAGUGAGGCCCGCCGGUGCCUACUGGCUGAAUGUCACACAGCUUUCAAAUGUCAAAAUGAUAGCCCAAAAUGAAUUGUGGGUACUAGUCCUGGUUUGUCUGAAUUCUGCUGACAGGCUGUUUUAAGAGAUGGCCUCGGUUUCCUUUCUUUUGGUGCAGAUGGGAUCAGGUAUGCUUAUUUGAAAUAUGUGAGCAUUAAAAUCUUUGUGAGCCAAAGCUUCACAUUUUGUCACUUUAGGAUAAAUGUAAUAAUUGAAUGCAUUUACCUACCUAAUUUAGAAAAAAUCAAAAGGCAAUCUGUCAGUGGGAAAAGGUUCCUGGCUGUCUUUCCCUCUCCCUGUAGGGCUGCUCCUGGAGCUUGCCUCUCUUCCCAUUCUCUGAUCCCUGGAACGUGCCCCCUUUCUUCCUCUUCCAUCGUCUCCUGCCACCUCUGUGCAGGAGGCCAGUGACUGCUGCAUCCGCCCCCCACCCUCAUCACGACUGUAAGGAAUGUAACAGGGACGAGUCCAUUGUGCAACCAAAACAGGUGACGUCACUAAGGAAAAAAAUCUCUUUGCUAAUCCCGAUGUCUUAUAAUGCCUGUGCACACUAAGUUUUCUGAGGGUAAGAAAUCUGUCUUUGCGAACACUUUGCAGUGCAGAUACAGGACGAAAUGUGUACUUUUGAGUCCUUCCCAAGCCAAAACCUCAGGUUACUGCACAUUAGGAGUGUCAGCUACUAGAAGUCUGUGCCAGUCCUUAAACCAUUAGAUUUUUGUCAAAUAAUGUGCCAUUUCUACUACUUCUCAGUGGUGGAAACAUUCCUUUUUCUUUCUCUCAUCUUUUCUAACUCCCAAACACUGGCUAACUCCCAAUUCUGGCUGCUUGCUUGCACGGGCCUGCAGUGACGACCAUGGGGCCAGAGUCAGCUGGGCCGUGUUUAGAGUGGGUGCCUGGGAGUGGCGGAGAAGCAGAGCUGGUGGGGGCAGAGUUUAUCAACAAAUAAGAGUUUAUCCAUAAGAUUUCCAUUCCGCUGUGCCGUGUGCACUUAGCAAGGGGAUGGGCAGGUACAUCAAAAUAUGGUCUUUCUCCCGUCUAGGUGUUCACCUCUGUGACUUCUCUGACAGAAUAGCUUGAUGGCAGGUGUAGUCAGAUUAGUUUAGAGAAAGAGGCAUUUAAGCUCCACAUAAUGGAGAAACAACUUAGGGGUGGAAAGCAAGGCAGGUAGUUGGUUAGGCUAUUUCUGUACCUAUGUCUGCUUGGGGCAGUGAAGUGGUCCACCUCUUUGAUGACAAGGACAGAUUUCAAGAAUAGUUUUGAGUGGUCUGCCUUCACAGGAUGGUAGAAAAAGGAAGAGCAGGAGGCCAGGGACUUAAGAAAAUGUUGGUAGGUAGAAUCUUGGCUCUAAGGGGAAGAAUUAGAAUUGCUAAGUGGGUGGGUUACAUCUUAGUUCAUAAAUUUUAGGGAAGGAUGGGUCUAAAAAGAAAGCAAAGACCAGCAGAAAUAUGCUGUGAAAUUGCCAAAUAUGUUUGGUUACAUAAAAUGCAGGCUAGUUCUCUGUGGUGGUUGUGGUGGAGGGAGAGUGAGCCACCUCUGCCCAAAACUAGUGUGAUUAGUUGCUGUUUCUUUGUCUGGGGUGUGACUGGCUUCUAAACUAGUCACAAAUGUGUGGUAAAGGUCUGGUCUGUGCUAAGUUUUAGACUUGAUUGACAUCUCAGGCUAUAACAACUGUCACCUUCAAGAGGUCUCUGGCUAUCAAAAAAGACAAUUCCCAAUUCUACUUAAUUUUCUACUUACUCAACUCUCCAGAUUUUCCUUCCUAUAGCGGAGCCGGUAAUUCUCCCUGCAUCUUCUUAGUUGAUUUCAUUGUUACUUCUGUGGGCCCAGCAGAAAUCAGCAGCUCUUGGGCUUCUCUUCGGAGCUUUGCAGUUGACUCCAACGUGCAUGUUUUUGAGUGUCCGUGUGUUCCUGAAGCAUCGGAGAAAACGUGACCCCAGGGCCUCUGGCUUGCCCCUGACUAGCAUUAGAACACCACACUGCAUGUUCUCGCUCUGUCUCCUUUUGCAGAGCGGGAACCAUCCUCCUAGGUCUUUCAAAGUCUUUGCCAGUUUGUUACUGUGUUUUCCUUGGACUUCUCAGGUUUCGAAGCCAUGUCCUGGCAGGACACACCGGAACCCUGCACUGAAUGUCCUUGAUCCUCUUGAAUUUCUUGUGUUUGUAGCUGUCCCUCCGCCCAUAAAGUAGAAAUUCUUCUGUGAUUCCAUUAGCCAAAUGACGUAUUACCUGUGUUCCUCCCCUUUUACUCACUCAUUUUUGCAAAAACCCUUUCCUCUUCUUUUUGCCUUGUCCUCAGUCUUUCAAGUGUCCUUGGAGGGAAAAUGUUCUUGGUCAGAGGUCCUAAAAACCACCACCAGUUGCGGUGGUGAGAGAGGUGAGGAACUUGGAUAUUUCUAGGUUUUUCUGGAACGAGGACUUUACAUUUGUUUUCCAUAUUUAUGGUGAGGGAUUCUACGCCCUCCAGCUCAUCAGAUUUAUAUAAACAGAAAAGAGACAUUCCAAAACCAAAUAGAAGUGAUUUUUCUACCAAAUAUAUUCUUUAUGAUUCUUGGUGGCCUUGGUCUUUUUCAUCAAUUAUAGAGAAGGGGCAGUUGACUCAAUUAACAUUUCUUUACCAGAAAGGAGGCUAAUUUUCAUAACCAAAAAAGGUGUGAAGUAAUUACGUGGCUGCUUGAAACAUGAAAGGAGGAAAGGAAGUGAGUGUCCCGUGAACCAGAGUGGACUACCACAUCCACGGGCAUGGUUCUUUCAGGCGAUUCUGUGCUGGAAGGGAAUGGGAUGGUUUUGGAUCCUCCUGAAAAGAGGAAUAGCGUGUUCUUAAACCUCGUCCACUGGAAAAUUCAGAACUUUUCCUUUUAGUUUAUGACAGAGAGCGAGCGCGUGCGCACACCCUCCUCCGGCAUCUUCCGAGCCUGGCCGACAUCAGCAGAGCUUGGGCUCCUCUUAGCAGGUUUGCAGUUGACUCAGCAUGCAGGUUGGUCCCUUGUGCAAUAAUGUUGGAAACAGAAGUACCAAACUGAAUGUGCAAUUACUCCUUUUGCAAAAGAGGCCAAAAUCCUCCUCCCCACUCCUUUCUCCCAUACUCACUCCAAGAUGAUAAGCCUCCCUUUUGUUUAUCUGUGUCUGUCUGAUCCUUAGCUGUGGCUGCCCUUCCAAGCCAGUGGUGUCAGGUGGAGAGCAGAGCAGCCUUCCCACGGAAGGGGACAACUUGAGGUGCUGGUACAUUUCCCUUGUUUUCUAUGUUCUUUCUAGUAGGUCUCAUGUAGAGAUAGAGAUAUUUUUGUUUUAGAGAUUCCAAAGUAUAUAUUUUUAGUGUAAGAAAUGUACCCUCUCCACACCCCAUGGUGUAAAUAGAAUCAAGAAUGAAUGUGUCAUGUGAUAAUCCCAUAGCAAUCUGUGGUAGGAGUAGGACCCCCUCUGCCUCACAGUCUGUGUCUGUGAACCAGGGGAGGUGAUCGCGGCACCUCUGCCUGCCCAGACCUCUCUGUGUUCAACGGGUGAAAAAUAAAGUCUGUGUAAACUGUUUGCACCUGUGUUGUUCUUUGAGCCUGAAUCAGGGGCUGAGCCACCACCCACCAACUUCAUAACUUG